GUCAUUCGAUCUGCGACGGUAUACGGGGUGGAAACAUAAGCCGCGCUCGCUCGAAGGAAGCGAGGCUCUCAUUUUCCACAAAAUUUACCCACCGGAAAGGCCCGUCCGUCGAGUCCCUGAAGUUAAACAAGCAGAUUCGAGUGCAGGGCCCUGAUCAUUACGUCGAAUGUUCCGAAUCUUUUCGGAAUUCCUGGCCGUACGAUAAUCUUUUUUUUGGCGCUCGAUAAGCAGACGUCGUUACGGCCACGUCCGGUAGCGUUCGAUCUUUGAAAUUUUAAUAAGCGGACCGGAGGGUGCAGCGUUUCGACGAACACUCGCAUUAUGUGAAGCGUGUCGUUCCGUCCGUUAAGCUCGGCGGUAUGCACGGAAGCGAGCGGAGCGUACGAUGCGCUCAAAUUUUGGGACAGUUGAUUUUCGAGCUGAGGUGGAAAUUUUGAAAAAACCAAAACGACGGAGACGGAAGACUCGAUCCGAUGAUCGGGCACAAAGUUCUUCGUUUCAGGCUUUUUCUGUCGCUGGUUAUUUAAAGACUCGAGCGAUUGAAUUUGGAUGUUCCAAAAUGGCGGACUUUGAGCGUGAUUUAUUUUGGAGGAAUCGGGGCGAAAUCUACAGACGAAUUGUUACAGUUUACGACAUCCAAUAAUGAGAUAUUGUAACAACGUUUCGAUGACGCAAACGUGCGCCGGAUCUACACUCGAUGAUUUUAUCGGGAGCGACUGUCCAAUAAAUCUCUGUACAUCGUUUUCCGGCAUCUGCACACCCCGACUCGUUACAUACAGUCCCUCGCAUCUUGAACGUCGCAGCUGUUCAAUCGGUUCGGUUUGACGAUCUCGUCGUAUUUAAGAAAUGAGAAAAAAAAAAUCGACGCGCAUGAUACGCGAUUGUGAUUGUCGAAAAUGAGACUGCAGCUCGGUAGCGCGACUCUACAUUAAUGAUGAAAUUAAUUAACGAAGUUCGUAACCGCUUGUUGUAUACCGAUAAGUCGAAAUUAAGAAGCGCAACAUAAAGUGCACGUUUAUCUGCAACGAUUUUCAAGGUCACAGUUCAUCGCACCGCUCAUUGUAAUCGCUCGCUAACGUAUGCGACUCGACGUAUUAUCUACUAUCUGGGCAAAACCGAAUCGCGUCGCGAAAUUUCGAACCCCGAUGAACUUCGCCUUUAUUGCGCUUUUCUUCGGCAUACCUCGAAGGUACGGUACGAUAAUAUCGGCGAACGGUGGCCGACAAACAAGGGCUAAUCUCCGUCGCAACGGGAUCGAGUUGCACCGACUUGACUCUCAUGCUACUUCGCGUGCGUAUUAAGCUACAGGAAAACACCUUUGGUCAUCGGGCAUCAAAUUCCGAUCGCUGAUGUACUUCUCGCGGUAUCGUUGUUUGUUCUUCUCUCGUCCCUUGGCCGCGCCUGCGUUCGAAAAAUUUUCCACAUCUUGCGUCCUCGACCAGAAGUGCGGCGGAAAAUUAUCGACUACGACUAUCGUCAGUUUUUCCCAAAUCCGUGGAAUUAAUCGUGACGAUUUUCACACACGCCUCCGUACGAUAUAUGUAUACGCGACGAGUGUCGCGCCGUGCGAAUCGCAGUAUGGGGGGGAAAAAAAGGAGCGACACAAGGGAGGAAAAAGGGUGGGGCAAAAAAGUGAAGGUACUCGAACGCAUCGCGUUCUCAUUAACCAGGUGUGCGUACCUGCGACGUUGUUCGGUUGCCGCGGAGUGGGAAGUAAUCCCCGCCCGUCGGACCCUUGGCCAACAUUUUUCUAUCAACUCGUUUAGUGAUCGACAAGAGUCUGAUAGUUCCGUGCCGGUGUCUGCGUGAAUUAUAGCCUAGCAGUUCUCCGCAGAUUUUAUUAUUUGCGAUCGCCUGUAUGCGGUUGCAGCGACGUAACGAAAAAAAAACAAAAAAAAAAAAAAAAAAGACGCGGUAGAACGCUUACGGUACAACAGGGAGGCGAACCGGAGCGAAAAGAAAUCGCGGAUCCGCCGUUCUUUUUUCCUCUCCUCAAUUGUUGUAACUUUUCCAUUCCCGCGAUUCGAUUUAUCGCGUUUACGCUUAUACGAGCGAUAUCAACAAGUCGGCGGAAAAAACACGCCGCGGGGUCUCCGCAGAUGGAAAAAAAACCGAACACGGCAAUGAAUUUUUCGCGUCAACCGUAUAUCCGCCCCCGUGCGACGUGAGUAGACGGAGCGAUCCGGGGGAGAGAAAAAUCUCUUUGUUUCCGGACACCGAUUCGCGCGUAUAUUAUAUAUCGGUUGACUCGGAUCAUCUGCCGGGUGAACGCGACGAUUCUCGAACUUCCAUUAGCCGUCGAAGCGUCGACUCCGGUCGACGACAGACAUCAUCGACCACUUCGGGCGUUCCUAAGGUUUCCCGCGCCGGCCGAAGCCAAAUUGGACAAAUUGAAGUACAACGGCCGUUGUACAGCGUCGAACGGCGGGUGACAGUUUACACCGCGGCAUGGAUCGCGGCAAGAACGCCAACGAUACGCACCAGGGUGCGGAAACGACGACGGACAGUUCGGAACGGUCUAUGCCGCAAUUGGCGGAUGACGAUUUCGACCGGUUGGAACGCGAGAUAAAAACACCGUCGGAGGGUUCGGUCGUUGCCGCGGUCGAGGGCAGUACCUCCAGUCUGGAGAACAUCGCCGGUACAAAGGACGAGAAGAAACGCGGUCGCUUCGGCGCGCUGAAACACAGUUUCCGCAAAGAGGGAGGAAUUUUUAAAAUGAAGAAAAAAUCGCCGGCGGACACGAUCAACGUCAGAGGUGAUCCGGACGGACCGACGCUCCAAGAGCCUACGGACAACCGUUGCGAAGACGCCACCAAAGGGGGUGAGUCGCGCGGGAGAUCGGAAAAGUCGAAGAAGCUGGACAAGAAGAAGUCGAGUUCGCUGGUGCGAAAGUUGAGCUUGAACAAGUUCAAGUCGUCGGGUAAUUCGUCGCAGGAAACCAGACGUACACCGGAAGGUGGGGACAGAAGUCGUUCGCAGAGCCAAUCGUCCCAGGAGUCCCAGAGCCAAUCGGACAGCCCCUGUAAACUGGGCGUCGCCACGCGGCGUUGCAAGGGGGUCGGCGAGCAGGUGGAAAAAGAAAAUACGAAAAGGGAAAGGCUCCCGGCCGAGGGGCACCUGCAACGGGAGAAGGGAGAACGGAGAUCGGAGAAUCAGACGCGCUCCACGAGGCUCGAUAGCCUCGAGAAACCUGUGACCACCGUGACCGUAGUGCAGCGCAGGUCACCCUCUCUGACCAUUAGAAGUAUUCCCAAUCCAGAAAAGUUGACGAAAAUUUAUGCGGAAACGCAGAGUGCCGAAAAACCAACGCAAACGGUCGACUCCUACCCCGAGCGGGUUCACCGUGCGGUCUCCACGCUACCUUACGCCCUGUCGAAAUGGCCGGAGAGUUCGUCAGCGGAUAAUUUCGCUGCGAGCGAAAUCCGUCGUGGCAAAUUGACGGUUAAAUCGGACUCCGAGUCCGCGGUACCGUCAUCCUCGAAAACACCGCCGUUGGAAUUACGCCGGAAGUUGUCACUGCUGGAGGAAAAGCGGGCGGUAUUUCAACGCCGGAGACCGGAAACCUCCGAGGACUCUUCGGUGGACACCGUGGUGCCCUCCAGAGUCGGGGAUCAGACGAAGGGGUCGAAAGCACCGGGUGCCAAGGACGCCGUCCCGACCCCGAGACGACCCGCCAGGCACAUCAGCGUUAGAAAAUUCGACACUUUCUCGACCUUCGAAGGUACCUUCGACGAGGACACGGGACUCGGCUACCUCCAGGGAAUCGACGAGGACAGAAGUACGGAGAAUUUCGACCAGCAGCAAAUCGCCGCGUUGGCUAACUUCAGAGCGAUGACCGGCACACCGAGCAUCGCCGACGUUAUGGAUAAAUCGCGAUCCACCAGUCAGGAGAGCGCGACGUCGCAGAACAGCGGACCGGCCCAGGGAGUCGGUGAGAAACGAGAACACCUCUACAAGAUCCUUGUUAUCGGUGAAUUGGGGGCCGGAAAAACGUCGAUAAUAAAAAGAUACGUUCAUCAGUUUUUCUCGCAACACUACAGAGCCACCAUAGGUGUGGACUUCGCCCUGAAGGUUCUCAACUGGGAUCCCCAUACGAUAAUAAGACUCCAGCUAUGGGACAUCGCGGGUCAGGAAAGAUUCGGAAACAUGACGAGAGUUUACUACAAGGAAGCCGUGGGAGCUUUCAUAGUAUUCGACGUAACGAGGAGCCCGACUCUCGACGCGGUGGUAAAAUGGAAACAGGAUCUCGACUCGAAGGUGCAACUUCCCGACGGAUCCGCCAUACCCUGCGUUCUCCUCGCCAACAAAUGCGACCAGCAAAAAGAGGGACUGGUCAAUUCCCCGAACAAGAUGGACGAGUAUUGCAAGGAGAAAAAUUUCUCCGGAUGGUUCGAGACAUCCGCCAAGGAAAACAUCAACAUCGAAGAGGCUGCGCGAUUUCUCGUCAACAAGAUUCUUCAGAACGAUCAAAUCAUUCGAGGGAACGGCGCGCAGGAGCAAUCGGACGGGGAGCGUUUCGCCUUGAAUCAAUCGCCCACGAACGCAAAGAAGUCGUGUUCUUGCUGACGUCACUUUUUCAUUAUCAUAAGGCUCUGCACCACCUGGACACGCCACUUAUUAUGACCGAUUAACGCGAACAAAUUGCAUCUCACGCGGUGAUCGUCGCUGCCGUCACAAUUUACGACGCGAUCAUCUGGACGCGAUUCCUCCUGCAGGGGUCUUGGGUUCCCUGAUUCGAAAAACCUAUCGAAGCCAUCCAUCCAUCCAUCCAUCCAUCCAUUUAAUCGAUCCCUCCAUUUGCAUUCGUCAAUUAAACCAUCGAGUCGACGGUUCGUCUUCUUCUUCGUUUCUUGUCUUUUAUUUUUCUGGUCGAUGAAAUACUCGGAUAUUUGAAGGAGUCGACGACGAGUUAUCGACGUUCCUUUCCACGAUGAUUGAAUUUCGUUUUUCCGAUCGAUCGUGUACAAUCGUUGCACGAUAAACUCCAGACAGCUUUGCUCACCGUUUAGGGUACGUAAAUCUUCCAUACUUUUGUUCAUUACGCCCUCAUCGUCGUACUAGUGAUUAAUUUAUUGAAUUACUAAAUAAAUGAUCAAUCGAAGGUAAAAAUGAAAAGGCACGGUUACUAUGCAGCUAUAACGUCUGAUCGACUAUUUACUUAUUAUUGUUGCAUGUAUAGCUGUUUAAUUUUUCAUAGAAUCGUAAGUAUCCCUCUCUCUCUCCCUCUCUGUGUUUCCCUUUUAUCUCUUUUACUCUUCCCUCGCGUUGUUAUUCGUCAAUACGGUACGUUGAUAGAUAUAUAGAUGUAUACGCAUACGUAAUGUCCUAAGUCAUUAAAUUUGCAAAUAUAGAUUAGCACAACGCCUCUGUUAUGUGCCCACGUAUAAGCUAUAUUGUUGAAAAAAAGAACAAAAAAAAAAAAAAACAAAAAAACAAAAACAAAAACAAUUAUUAAUACGUACGAUAAGUAUCAUCUGAUUUGCAUAGGAAUCAAAUAUAUCUAAUUAUAGACACCUGCAACAUGUGCGUAAUACGCAAGGUCGUAUAAUUGUGCAUUAACUAAUAUGUAUCCACUAUGAACACUUUGUUAGUGCCUUACAUAAAUCUCCGCGUUUCCUUUC